AUGGCGUCAACAUCACAGUUCAUUGGGCUUGCAAAGUCGCUGCCCGCACCACUACAGCGCUUCUUUGCCCGCUAUCCUCCCGCCGCCAUCCUCCCCGAAAAUACCCCAAAGACCCGAUACCAACAGGAGAGGCCGAACCCUUUCCGCUUCUACAAGCACCCAGUGACUGGCAAAUGGCAGGAUCCUGUCUACUCGCAGCGUCGUCAGGCCGAGUUGGUCAAGAUGGCCCGUGAGAACGGCGUUGAGGAUCUGCUGCCAGAAACACGAAAGGGCACUGAGUACAAGCUGGCUCACCGGGUUGAGCAUGGUCUGAGAGUCAAGGGUACUGGUGUAGGACAGAAGGUCAAGGGUCAUAUUCACGAACGACAUAUGAUUGCAAAGAUGGAGACGAGAAGAAAAGCCAUGCUGGAUAUGCCCAGUCUUAUCAAGCGCUGGAAGAGGGUGGGCAAAUACGGUUGGACCAAGUUCCCCAAAUAA